UCAACGGUAACGAUAUACUGCGAAACGGUACGCAGAGGCUGACGGGAGACGGAAUAGGAAAGCAUCCUUGAAGUUCGAAAAGGGGUUCGAGAGACGAGAGGUUUUAUCCAUCUCGAGCUCCCCAGGUGUUGAGUUCACUACCUCUUUUCUUUGGGUCCGCAGACUCGAGUAAUCUGAUCGUCAAAGCUCCCUCCCUCUAAAAUCUCCUCCCCACACCUCUCUCUCCCUCUCUACAAGUUCAUGGAGUUUGAGGUGAGAUUGGUGGGCGGAGUAGAGAACUGCUUCGUAUCGCUCCCUCUUCCUCUGAUCCAAACCCUGGACUCCACCCGCUCUGCUCACUUUCCUCUCCCUCAGGUUCUCGCUCUCGAGCUCCGCUCUCUCAGUGACAGCCGGCUCUGGCACGUCGCUUGGUCCGGCGCCACCUCUGCUUCUUCGGCAAUCGAGGUCGCCCAAAAAUUUGCGGAAUGUAUUUUCUUGCCAGAUCAUGCCACAGUUCAAGUUCGAGUUGUUUCCAAUGUACCAAAGGCUACUCUAGUUACUAUAGAACCUCAAAGUGAGGACGAUUGGGAAGUUUUGGAGCUUAACUCUGAGCACGCAGAGGCAGCUAUAUUGAACCAGGUCAGGAUUGUCCAUGAAGAAAUGAAAUUUCCUUUGUGGCUGCAUGGGCACACUGUCAUCACAUUCCUUGUGGCUUCAACAUUUCCCAAGAAAGCGGUGGUGCAACUCAUGCCAGGAUCUGAAGUUGCAGUUGCUCCAAAGAGACGCAAGAAAAAUGUGAAUGCACAUGAAGUUGGUUACAAGCAACAUUGUACUUCUACCAAAGAACAUCAUAUUGCAAGGGCACUAUUGCGUAUUCAGGCUCCAGGCGGGAGAUUUAUUCACAGAAGUAAUGUUCGCGGUGUUGAGCUUGGCGUAGUUCUCACUUCUGUUGCUUUUAUUCACUCAGAAACAGCUAAAACAUUAUCAUUAGAUUCUCUUCAGUUUGUUGUUAUAAUUCCAAGAUCUUCAUCAGAAGAAAGCAUAAAGAAUCCUGAUAAUGAUGCCUUGAGAACAAAAGGCAGUUCAACUCCAAAGGUAGCUGGCACUGGAAAUUUAGCUGACAAGAAGAAAAAUCGUCAAGCAGUUGUUCGUCUUUUAAUUUCGGAUUCAGUGGCUAAAGGACAUGUAAUGAUUGCAAAGCCUCUUCGUCUUUAUUUGGGAGUUAGCUUGCAUUCAUGGGUCUUUCUGAAGGGAUGUGAUGUUAAUUUGAAGAAGGAUAUCCCAUUUCUUUCACUUUCUCCUUGCCACUUUAAGAAGUUUGGGAAGAAUAAUGCUCUUGAGAAAAAUGGUCUAGAAGUGCUCGAUGCCCAUAAAAAUAGCAUGGUAAAAAAUAUGCUUCCGAAAGCUAACUCAGGCACCUAUGUGGAUCAUGUAGAUUGGUCAAUCCAUGAUCAAGUUAUUUCUGCUCUUUUUGAUGAAUCUACUUGUAAAGAGGAUGCGAGGGAUGCUUGUCAGUCCGACAGUGCAAAGGGAUUACAGUGUCUUCUCAGGGCAUGGGUUCUGGCACAGGUUGAUGCUAUUGCUUCAACUGAAGGGGCAGAAGUUAAUAUGUUGCUUUUAGUAAAUGAAACCUUGCUUCACUAUGAGGUGAAAGGUUACAAGCGUGGGACCAAUGGAAAGUUACAGGCUUCGGCCAAUGGUUCUUUGCAGGACAGAAACAAGACUAUGGAACUCCCAAUUGAAAUUUCAUAUAUAUUGACUAUUACUGAUGAAUCUCUUCAUGCUGCAAAAAUAAAUGCAUAUGAGAUUACUUUUGAUCUGAGGAAUGAUAUUCUGGGCAGAGCAUUUGAAAAUCUGAAUUUGGGGAACCCUGUAUCUUUCCAUGCUGUCCAAGAGAGAACCUCUGAUAUACACAUUAGUUCAGAUAUAUCUUCCUUGAGCUGGAAGGGGACGACUGCAUCUGAUGUUAUAAAUAGGAUGAUGGUAUUGUUAUCUCCUUCUUCUGGGAUGUGGUUUACUUCUUACAAUCUUCCUCUCCCUGGAAAUGUGCUAAUAUAUGGGCCUUCGGGUUCUGGAAAGACAUUUUUAGCAAGAGCUGUUGCAAAAUUCUUUGAAGAUCAUGACGGCUUCUUAGCACACGUGGUUUUUGUGUCUUGCUCUCAACUUGCUACAGAAAAGGCCUCGAUCGUUCGACAAGAACUGUCCAGCUACAUAUCUGAUGCUUUAGAUCAUGCACCUUCAAUUGUUAUCUUUGAUGAUCUUGACAGCAUUAUUUCAUCCUCUUCUGACUUGGAAGGAUCCCAACCAUCAACCUCUGUUGCUGCACUUACAGAAUUUCUAACGGACAUUAUGGAUGAAUAUGGGGAAAAGCGGAAGAGCUCAUGUGGAAUUGGUCCUGUUGCCUUUGUAGCUUCAGUCAAGUCUCUGGAGAAUAUACCACAGUCAUUAAGCUCUUCAGGAAGGUUUGACUUCCAUAUUCAACUGCCUGCUCCUGCUGCCUCAGAACGCAGGGCUAUAUUGAAGCAUGAAAUUCAGAGGCGCUCCUUACAAUGUUCCGAUGAAAUCUUGCUAGAAGUAGCUUCCAAAUGCGAUGGCUAUGAUGCAUAUGAUCUGGAAAUAUUGGUUGAUAGAUCUGUUCAUGCUGCGGUUGGACGUUUUUUGCCUUCUCAUUCUGCAUUUGAGGUGGAUGGAAAGCCCACAUUAUUGAAGGAAGAUUUUUCCCUGGCAAUGCAUGACUUCCUUCCGGUUGCUAUGCGUGACAUCACUAAGUCUACUCCCGAAGCUGGUCGCUCUGGGUGGGAUGAUGUUGGUGGUCUUAGCGACAUUCGGAAUGCCAUUCAGGAGAUCAUUGAGUUGCCUUCAAAGUUCCCAAAUACCUUUUCACAAGCUCCUUUAAGGUUGCGGUCAAACGUUCUCUUAUAUGGCCCCCCUGGUUGUGGCAAGACACAUAUAGUGGGUGCUGCUGCUGCUGCUUGUUCCUUGAGAUUUAUGUCAGUCAAAGGACCAGAGCUCUUAAAUAAAUACAUCGGAGCUUCUGAGCAAGCUGUUCGGGAUAUUUUCACCAAAGCAGCUGCUGCAGCACCAUGCCUUCUCUUUUUUGAUGAAUUUGAUUCUAUUGCACCAAAAAGAGGGCACGACAAUACAGGAGUAACCGAUCGUGUUGUUAAUCAAUUUCUAACGGAACUGGAUGGUGUUGAAGUUUUGACUGGUGUAUUUGUGUUUGCUGCAACAAGUAGACCGGAUUUACUUGAUGCUGCACUGUUGAGACCCGGUAGGCUAGAUCGCCUUCUGUUCUGUGAUUUUCCAUCUCCACAUGAAAGGUUGGAUAUCCUUAGAGUUCUCUCUCGGAAGCUUCCAUUGGCCAGUGAUGUUGAUUUAGAUGCCAUAGCUUGUACAACUGAAGGAUUUAGUGGGGCUGAUCUGCAAGCCCUGCUUUCAGAUGCACAGCUUGCAGCAGUUCAUGAGCUUCUGGGCAGCGUGGAUACCAUUGUGCCAAACAAAAAGCCAGUAAUAACUGAUGCUCUUUUGAAGUCAACUGCUGCAAAGGCAAGACCAUCUGUUUCAGAAACCGAGAUGCAAAGACUAUAUAGUAUUUACAGAGAGUUUCUGGAUUCAAAGAGAUCUGUUGCUGCACAGUCAAGAGAUGCCAAAGGCAAGAGGGCAACCCUAGCAUGACGAAUUACAAGGGUCUUGUAACCAGGUGGAGCAGAAUGUGCUGCUAUAUGGUAUACCAUGCUACUUAUUUACAUUUUUGGUUGCUCAUUUCUGCCACUCUAUUUUCUUUUUCCCGAAAAAUGAAUUGGGUGCGAGAGCAGGGAUUUUAAAUAUAUAACCCAUUCGAGAAUUUGCAAAAGUUCAUCUUUAAUCAUUCAAAAGUUUAUGAAAUCGUGGAAAAGAUUUAAAGAAA